AUGCCCAUCACAAUCCAUCCGCCGGUGGUGGAAGAUGUCGGCACACCCCACGUCGAUUAUGAUUCCAUGUCUGUCGACUCGGACGGAGGAGUUGAAUUCGAAGAUUCACGACCGAACAAGCGACCAUCAAUAGGAGUGCUCAAAGUCGGCACAGGGAUUGUUACACCGGGAGAGGUUGUGACAGAUGAUCCUCAGUGGAUGAGAGGCCAUGGUACCUACACCAAUCCAUUAUCUACAUCCAUUAUCGCAACAGUCGCCGGAAAUGUCCAGAAAACGAACAAAUUGCUCUCCGUGACGCCUCUCCGCGCCCGGUAUACCCCGGAAAUCGGUGAUUUAGUGGUCGGCCGUAUCGUGGAAGUGCAAUCACGACGGUGGAAAGUGGACGUUGCUGCGCCCCUCCUGGCGAAUCUUCCGUUGUCUGCGAUUAAUCUCCCGGGUGGUAUCCUGCGUCGACGAACGAGCGCCGAUGAGCUGCAGAUCCGGACGUAUUUCAGUGAGGGGGAUUUGGUUGUCGCGGAAGUGCAGACCGUGCAUCAAGAUGGCUCCGCAUCGUUACAUACUCGGUCGCUGAAGUACGGUAAACUACGGAACGGAUUCUUCUUGGCUGUGACGGGGGCUGGUGGUAGUGGCGCAUCGAACUCGACCGUGAAGGGAGGAAACGGGACAGGGAAUACGUCUGGUGGGACAGUGGUUCGGUCUCGAAGACAGGUGUGGACGAUCGAAAGCGCCAACGGAGGAGGCCAGGUUGACGUUAUCCUUGGAGUGAAUGGUUACAUUUGGAUAUCGAAGCAUGCUGAAGGGACCGAUGCCGCAUCUUCGGCGACUGAGAACGUCUCCAUCACGCGCAUGGAAGAGAUGGUAUCGAGCUCGAUCUAUUCCAGCCAGAAUGACGACAUUGCGCCGCAAACCCGACGCGAGAUUGCACGAUUGGCACAAUGCAUUCGAGUCCUGGUCCAAGGCGGGGUCCCGGUGGAUGAGGAGACAGUAAUGACAGCUUACGAAGCCUGUCUGAAUGUCGACUUGGAGAUGGGAGACGAUGAAGAUGAUGACGAAGGGACACAAGAAGGAAGGGAGUAUCUGGAAGGGCGCAAAGCUCGAAGCAUCCUAGAGAUGGUCACGAGUCGGCAAUAA